CAAUGUGAAUGCCACUGAAAAUCCGCUCGCGUGCCGCCUUCGGCACACUAGGUUGCCUACCCCUGCUAUAGGGUAGCCAAUCUCCAUUUUAGGUUUAUGGGUUUGGUAUUUUUUUUAAUUCUCUGCAGUAGUAAAGGUCUCCAAGAAAGGUAAUAAAGCUCUCUAAGCUUUCAGCACCCAGAAGAUUUUCCUCAUUUGUAAAUAUGACUAUUUGAAAAGAUUUUAUUUAUUACCUUUUUUAAAAUCAACAAGUAGAAUUCUGUGGGCAGUCCAAAUUAUUUUCUUACACACCCAUUAAAAGAGGGGGUGACAAACACAGCAGACAAGGGCAUGAAGCGGAGGUGAGGCAGAAGACUGUCUGAGUGCUGGUAGAUAUACAAAUUGAUUUUUAAAAGUUAUAUUAAUUCAUUUGUUCAUAUCAAAUCAGUUCAUCCGAUUUGUCCUACAUUUGUUCCCAUAAUUUCGUUAUUCGUCUAACCCAUGGGAGUUAGGCACCCAAAUACUUUUGAGGACCUGGACCUAAGUUGUUCCAUUUCUCUUAAUUCUUUUAUUCUGAUUUAUUCUGAUCACCCCCCGUUCUGUAAAUGUAUUUGCUUCAGCAGCAAGAGGGCACAGUCCUACAAACACAUGGGCUUGGCUUUCAGUCUCUGAAUAGUCCUACUGACUUGAGUGGAAAUACUCUGGGGCUUAAAAUUAGGCAUGUAAGCAUUUGCAGUGCUGAGGCCUUAUAGUUACUAGUUACUUAUUCCUGUUCCAUAUGACUCUUGAGAUGGAAAUUACUGAUUACACAGAUCUUUGAUCAGAAACGGUAACAGAAAAUACUCUUGGGAGAAUAUUCAUUUGAAUAGUUUCUUUUCAGCAUAAUUAAGGCUGGCCUGGAUGGCGAGAACAUUGGGAAUUGUCCCUUCUGCCAGCGUCUCUUCAUGGUUCUGUGGCUCAAAGGAGUCAAAUUCAACGUGACCACAGUGGACAUGACGAGGAAACCUGAAGAGCUGAAAUCUCUGGCUCCAGGGACCAACCCUCCAUUCUUAUUGUUCAACAAGGAGCUGAAAACAGACUUCAUUAAGAUCGAGGAGUUCCUGGAGCAGACGCUGGCGCCUCCUAAGUACCCACACUUAAGCCCCAAAUAUAAGGAGUCCUUUGAUGUGGGCAGCAACAUUUUUGCCAAGUUCUCUGCAUACAUCAAGAAUCCCCGCAAGGAAGCGAAUGAGAGUAAGGAACCCUGGGCUUUUGAGAAGGCUUUGCUGAGGGAGUUCAAACGCCUGGAUACCUACCUGAACAACCCGCUCCCUGAAGAAAUCGACCAGGACAGUACUGAGGAAGUCCUGGUCUCCAACAGGAAGUUCCUGGAUGGGAACAGGCUAACGUUAGCUGACUGCAACCUGCUGCCCAAGCUGCACAUCAUCAAAAUUGCUGCCAAGAAAUACCGUGACUUCGAGAUCCCAGCGGAAAUGACAGGCAUCUGGCGCUACCUCCACAAUGCCUACUCCCGUGAUGAGUUCAGCCACACAUGCCCAGCCAAUGAGGAGAUAGAACGCACCUAUGCCAGCGUUGCCAAGAAGAUGACCUAGGGGCAGCCAAACGAGCCGGUUUUUGAAACCCCUCUUUCCAUUGGAAACACUGCCGUGAAAGCUGCCUUCUUCUGAAUGGCCAUGCCAGUAGAACAGCCCAGUCCUGUCACCUGCAAACAUUUGGGGAUCUAGGAACUGGAGGAAUCAUUAUGAUGUAAUUAGUAACAGCCUUUCAGAAAAUAACCCUGUGCUUCCAGCUGCUGCAGCUAUCCUCCUCAUGUGUAGAUUGACUGCACCCUGAUUUUACAGCUAUAAUCAUUGCAUGUAGCGAAAUGCCACCACCCAGCUGCCGAGGCAGCUGCUUUGUCAUUCCUUAGAGGCUAGGAUUCCCAACCGUUUUGUGGGAUCACCAACGUUUAUUGUGCAAAACUGCGCAGAGCUGGUGACCAUGCGGCAUAGAGCGGUUUAAGUAUCCCCCUUUUGAAUCUGGAGGACGGGGUACAAAUGAUGUCUUAGAUCCCAGCAAAAUGGGUUUUCACAUAUGCAUAGAGUUUAGGCCAGAAGACACCAUCAGAUCAUCUAGACUUACCUACCCUGUAUAACCCAGGGCAUUACAUUUCACCCACUUACCUCUGCUUUGAGCCCAAUCACUUGUGUUUGGCUAAAGUAUAUUUUCUGGAAAGGCAUUUGAAGACACCAAGAGAUAGAGAAUCCACCACUUCCCUGGAGCGUUUAUGCCCAUGGUUAAUCACCCUCACUGGUAAAAAGGCAUGUGCCUGAUUUCUAAUUAGAAUUUGGAGAAGCUCCAUCUAAUUGUUGUGGAAAAAUAGUGUGCUCAGGAUGUGCACAGGGCUGCACCAGCGGGGGCUGCUCUAGAUGAGGAAUGAGGUGCCCUGGCGGAGCUGUGUGAAGGCUCCAGCAUGGGAGGUUCUGCAAGUCACAAACAUACCAACAACAGACACUGAACUACAGUGCCUUCCCCUCCUCCAAUACCAGGUUUCCAUUGCUUUGUCUCCACUGACUUCAGCAGAGCUCCUCCUGAGGCAUGUAGGUGUAGGUUCGAGGUAGAUCAGGCUCACACAUAUCACAAGCUCAAUACAGAGCACCAGCAGCAAAGAGCCAUUUCUUAUACAAAGUUCACCCGGUAAGUGUCAGUGAUCAGCUUGGAAACUCUUGCAAGAGAUCUGCCUCGGUCUUACUGCUGGAAUGUGCACUGCUAAGACUCAGGUGCUUCAUCUCCAGAUCUCCAUGAUCCCGCGCAGCAACGCAGCUUGAUCAGGAGAGGUUCCCCUUGCAGGUACAGGCAGUGCAGGAGUUUUCCAUGAUUGGGCAGCAGACUGUGAACUUUCCCCUGAUCCCACACAAGCUGUACCCACCUGCGCAGCCAACCAGAAUGGACAAAAAUUAAUUUGCUUUCUAAAACAAAAGGGUUUUUAUAAUUGAUGUGCAGCGUAUCAAGGUCAAACUGUGUGCGCGUGUGCACAGAGCACCCAGGGCCACUUCCAUAGCUGGGUGAGCCUAGCACAGUUCCACUGAAGGGCAAGACCAGCUAAGAAUCUGGCCCAUAUAAGCAUGGAGUGACUGAUGCUGGCUUAAGAAGUACGACUCUUGAGGCCCUUUUCAACCACUGCAACCUUGGGGAUUGCUGCUAGCUCUGGCAUAGUCCAGGAGGCAACUGAGAGAGGUUUGCUGGGAGGGGCUGGCCCAGUGCUCAUGCCAGCCCUGCCCCUUCUCAUCCAGCAUUAUCCACUCUAUGGUGUGAACUGGCUAUCUACAGGGACCCAUGGGAUGUUGGGAACAUUUUGCAUGGCCACACUCUCCUCUCCCCCAUUAGAUUUGUGCUGCUGGGGCCUCCCGCCAAAAUCUGUACCCAGGAAUCUGACUCCUCGCCCCAAAUAGUACGGAAACCAGUGGCAACGUAGAUAUUCUGUAGAAUGCAAUGGCCUGCCUAUAAUGUACUGAGCAUUACAGAUCUGCACUGGGCUGAUGGUAAAAGCCCCCUAGAAAACCCACUAAGUUUCUCUCUUGUACUUUCGCACUAAAUAGUGUGUACUCACAAUUCUGCUUUUGAUAUAUUUGUUAGUUUCAUUCAAGUGAUAAUAAACUUUAUUUUAUAUACAACUUUCACAACCUGGCCCCAGACUGCUGUCCAGGAGACGCUGAGAGCUAGAGAAGGCAGUAGAGCAUGAAAAGGUGUGUGGUUGUGCUGGGAACAUGAGGAAGUGAAUAUUAAUUGCAUUUCUAAAAUAAACAGUAAUAAUAACCUCCA